AUCGGGCCCCCAGGUGGGGCAACAGGCAUCGGGCCCCCAGGCGGCGCAACAGGCAUUGGGCCCCCAGGCGGGGCAACAGGCAUCGGGCCCCCAGGCGGAGCGGCGGGCGCCGGACCCCCAGGCGGAGCGACAGGUCUCAGGCCCCCAGACGGGGCAGCGGGCGCCGGACCCCCAGGCGGAGCGACAGGUCUCGGGCCCCCAGGCGAAGCGGUGGGCACCGAGUCACCAGGCACGACAGUGGGCUCCGAGUCAACUGGCAUGACCGCUGGCACUGGGUCAGACAUUGGAUCGUCUGGCUGGACAGCGGGCAUCGGGUCACCAGGCAUCAGGUCAUUUGGCUCGACAGCGGGCACCGCGUCAUCUGGCAAGGCAGUGGGCUCCGAGUCAACUGGUAUGACCGCGGGCACUGGGUCAGACAUUGGAUCGUCUGACUGGACAGCGGGCAUCGGG